AUGAAUACAGUUCGUUUGUUACUGUCCUUGACAAUAAUUUUCAGUUGGAAUAUUCAAGAAUUUGAUGAUAAAAAUGUACUAUUGCUUGAUGAUUUGGUUGAAGAGGUUUACAUGACUUUCCCACUAGGAUAUGAGGUAAUCAUUCAUCUAAUCUUGUUUGCAAGUUAAAGAAAUCCCUUUAUGGCCUCAAAUAGUCUCCACGUGCAUGAUUUGAAAGGUUUACAGUAGCCAUAAAGAAAUUGCAUUACAACCAAAGUAAUGUUGAUCACACACUAUUUUUUAAACACUCUUCUACAAGAGGAGUUAUAGUUCUAUUAGUUUAUGUUGAUAAUAUUAUCAUCAUAGGAAUCGAAGUGAUUGUUUGGCCAAAGAGUUUGAUAUCAAAACAUUGGGACGACUCAAGUAUUUUUUAGGAAUCGAAGUGACACAUUCCUCUGAAGUCAUUUUUAUUUCUCAACGAAAGUACAUCACAGAUUUGUUAGUUGAAACAAGGAAACCUACAUGUAAACCAGCCAAUACACCUAUUGAUCCAAACCAGAAAUUGUGUAUGGCAGAUGAAGAAAUUUCUAUUGAUCGUGAGAUGUAUCAACAUCUCAUUAGCUGACUGCUUUAUCUAACACACACUCAACCAUAUAUUUCAUAUUUAGUGAGUAUAUUGAACCAAUUUACGUAUCAGCCUAAAGAGUCUCAUUUACAUGCUGCCUACCGAGUGCUACAUUAUUUGAAAGGCACACCAGGAAAAGGGUUUAUUUUUAGACGAAGUGAAAAGGUAGAGGUUGAGAUGUUUACAGAUGCUGACUAUGCAGGCUCAACAAUUGAUUGAAGGUCAACCUCUGGUCAUCUUACUUUUGUUGGUGGCAACCUUGUCACAUGGAGUGAAAAACAGAAUAUGGUUGCUCAAUCAAGUGCUGAGGCUGAACUUAGGGCACUUGCCCAAGGAAUAUGUGAGUUACUUUGGGUCAAGAACUUGACAAGUUACAAGUUCUUUUAUUCAGUCCUAUGAAGAUUUAUUGCAACAAUAAGUCAGCAAUCAAUCUAAUGCACAACCCAGUACAGCAUGACCGUACCAAACAUGUGGAGAUUGAUUGCCAUUUGAUCAAAGAGAAACUAGAGGCCAAUGUGAUUUGUAUAUCAUACAUUUCAACAAAUAAUCAAUUGGCAGACAUGCUUACUAAAGGCAUCUUAGGUACACAACUGCAGAAGAUUAUUCUCAAGUUGAGAAUGGACAACAUCCACUCACCAACUUGAGGGGGAGUGUUGUUGAGAUACACUUAACAACCUGUAUACCUUACAUGUUUACAUAUAUGUCUUCGUGUAUCUUUCAUUUCAUGUUACAUCAGCAUGUCUAGAACCUUCUAGGGAUCUGGUAUAAAUAUUGGAUCCCACUCUCCUUGUAAAUUAUUUUUGAUAAAUAAAGUUUGACUUCUUCUUCCACAAGUGCUAGGCCCCUAUCAGAGCUCCAUACCGUGUGUUAUCUCAACUACAGUUCAGAAGCUGAGGAUUGGAGUUGCUAGAAAACAAGGACUUUACAUCUUGGAGGGAUCUAGUCAAACCUGUCUUAUGGAAGCGGAUCCAUCUAUAGAACAUCACAAGGAUCUAAGUCACAUUCAGCUCCUUCAUCAAAGAUUAGGGCAUCCUUCCUUUGCUACUAUGAAGAGUUUUCAUCUUUGUUUCAAAAGGUGUCUGUAA